AUGGCGUAUCGAACGCUGUCCGUCGUUCUUCUCUCCUUAGCCCUUGGUCUUCUGGCCACGUCUACUGCAAGCGCAAAGGGCGACUACGACCAGUGCUACUUCGAUGCUGGUUAUGUCGGUCCACCUGACCUUCUCCCUUGCUUACCGGCGAAUGAAACAAAAAAUGGCUACAGUUGGUGCUGCCUGGCGGGCGACUUCUGUGUCAAUCAAGCCUGUUGGGAUCGACCAUCUGGCGUGACUUAUCAGUAUGGCUGCAAUGACCCGACCUACAAAGACGAGAGCUGCCCGCUCAAAGGUGAUUUAGAUCGAGCCAAAUCUCCGUGGGUAGGCCUCGUUCUAUGCGACACCAAAAAUGAAGGCCUACUGAAAUACUGGGCGUGCAACCAUCCAGAUACCUGCGGCGAAAACUGUCCGACUGAACCCGAGCGACCACAAGUGACUCAGUCUAUUUGGCCGUGGGAACCCCAGUCCUUACCACCCAACAAAGACUGCAAAGAUCUAGGAAGGCGAGUUUUAGCAAUGUAUGCCCCCGAUCCACUUGGCUCGACCGGUGGUGUUCCAACAGUGUACACGGGCAUAGCAGACAAACCGAGUCCAACGAUGCCGCCAAUGCAAAACAGCGAUACAACGACGUCUUUGGCUUCCUCAUCCAUACGUCCCUCUGUUUCCGAUACUACAUCUCCCGCCAUCGACGCCACAUCACCCACAGCUGCCACCACUGCAUCCAUGGACUCCGAGACAAGAAGCUCAACCCUAGGCACCGGGGCUAUUGCUGGCAUUGCCGUCUCCUCCGCCUUUAUCAUAGGAUCAGCUUUGUUCAUCGCCUUCAUGCUGCUACGACGCCGUCGCUCCCGACAUGAUCCAGUGCUCAACACCCAUGAGACUGAGAAUGAGACUUAUGACCACGAACAGCCUGGUCCUGCAGAAUUGCCCGACGAGAAACACAACCUCAUAAAUCCCCACACCCCGUCCACAGUCUCGGACUCAGGACAACGCCGGCCAGUCUCAGAUAUGACUCUGAGCAUGAUUUCUCUCAGUCCGCUCAGUACACCGAGAACUCCGGGCUCGCCGUAUUACUGCCACGGCGUCGGUCAAGCACCGUCUGAGUUGGCGGAUCAGCCGAGGGCUAUACACGAGAUGCCGGCAAUCAAUGAACGGGUCGAGAUGCCUUGA